GCAAAGGCUUUGUGGCUUCGGUUUCAAGAGUGUGGAAGGGUCGGUGAUGUGUUUGUGCCAGCAAAGAGGGACAAAUGGGGGAAUAGGUUUGGUUUUGUCAGAAUGUUAGGGGUGCAGGAUGUUCAAUAUAUGGAAGGGAGAUUGAAUCAGAUCUGGUUUGGCUCUUAUAAACUGCGAGUAAAGGUAGCCAUUGAUAGGGGGCAAAACGGAACAGUUUAUCAGAAGGAAGCCGACAGGAAGGGUAGAAUCAGGGCGCAGAGUUUCGUCAAGCCAGGGCGGUCAUAUGUUCAGGCGGUUAAGGGGUACUCUUCGAGGGCUGUGGGUGCUCAGGUAUGGAGGAAAAUUGCAGGGGUGCAGGAGAGAGCAGAUCUCGUGGACAGGGCGUCCAUCGCUCCAGGGAAGCCUUUGGGGAUGGAGAAUGUUAGAUCGGGUGAAGAGGGAGGUGGAGCUAUGGAUGGUGAAUCGAAGGAGAGUAUCAUUGAUUUCUCUCCAUCCAAAGAGGAGAACGUGUGGCUGGAAGGGGGUGUUGUAGCGGUAGUGAGAUCAAUGUCAAUGAUAUCCAAUAUACAAGAGAGAGUAGACAUUGAUGGAGGUUUGAUUAAUCUAUCUCCAUUAGGAGGGCGGAGUGUAUUGUUGACUGAACGCGUGGAAGGCUACUUGAGUGAAUAUAUUCAGCACAACAAGGAAUCAUUUGAUCUUUGGUGUGAGAUUAUUUAUCCUUGGGCUUUGGCUCCUUUGAUUGGUGGUAGAAUGGUCUGGUUGAGAAUUUCUGGUGUUCCAUUACAAGCAUGGUGUGACAGAUGCUUCGAGCGGAUAGCAGCUUUGGUGGGAGAAGUGAUAAUGAUCCAUGCAGAUACCAAAUCAAAAUCUAUAUUGUGUGAUGGAAGAGUUCUAAUAUUAUGUGAUGAAAAGCAUAAAAUCUCAAAGACCAUGAAGCUGAAGGUGGAGGAGAAGUUGUAUGAGAUAAUGGUGGCGGAGGAAGAGUGGCGAGCAGAUCCGGACUGGUGGUUGGCGGACGAUGAUCGUAACGGUGGGACAUCAUCGGGAUCGGAAUAUUCCUCAUCGGAACAGGGAGAGGAGGAGCCUGAAUUGAUGGCCUCCGUGAUCCGUGGCGAUGAUGAAGCUGAUAUUGAGGAUGAGGGGUUUGGGAGUUUAGUGAAAAGGAGGGAAGUUAGCAAGUUGGUAAGAGCAGAGAGACCCGAUUUCUUGUUUCUACAGGAGACAAAAUUGGAGAUGGUAGAGGGUGCGUUAUGUAAAAUGUUGUGGUUUUCAGAUGAUUAUGAUUGGGAGAUGAAGGAAUCGAAUGGAGCCUUCGGUGGUUUAUUGUGUAUAUGGAAUUGGUUUGAGUUUGUAAAACAGGGGGUCAUCUCGGGUAAUGGGUUCUUGCGGAUUAGCGGAGAAUGGGGACCUCAGAAGUUGAAGUGCAAUUUUGUGAAUGUUUAUGCCUCAAAUGACAGGCAGAAGAAAUUGACACUGUGGAAUGAUCUUCGGCAUAUGAUAUUGGAAGAGGAAGGGAGAUGGAUGAUUGCAGGGGAUUUUAAUGCAGUGAGGUGUCCCAGCGAGAGGAAAGGUAGGUCAGGGGAGACUCAGGAUAUGAGGGAGUUUGAUGAUUUUGUUGUGUCAACUGGUUUGGUAGAUAUUCAAUUGGCAAAUAGACGCUUUACAUGGUAUCGACCGGAUGGGUCGUCUAUGAGUCGUUUGGAUAGAGUCCUCAUGUCUGGUGCGAUGUAUAGUUCGGGAAAGGGAUGGGUACAGCAUGGACUGAAGAGGACUGUGUCUGAUCAUUGCCCUAUUGUGGUCAAAACAUCAGUAGCUGAUUGGGGACCAAAACCGUUCCGAGUUUUGGAUGCUUGGCAGCAGCACCCGCAAUUCAAGAAGGUGAUUGAGGACAAAUGGAAGGAGUUAGUGGAGGAAGGGUAUGCGGGACAUAGAUGUAAACAGAAGCUUAAGCGGUUGAAGGAUUUUUUAAAAGGAUGGAAUAAGGAAGUAUUCGGAAACAUGGAAACACAUUUUCAACAGGUGGUCAAGAGUGUAGAACAGAUUGAUUUGAAGAAUGAAGUGAUGGAUUUGGCGGAGGAGGAGGUGGAUCUAAGGAAAGAAGGCUUCCAGCAGUUAUGGGAUAUUAUGUGGAAAAGGGAGGCUAUUUGGAAGCAAAAAUCUAGAAGUGAUUGGGUUAAACUGGGGGAUCAGAACACGAGAUAUUUUCACAAAAUCGCAAAUGGGAGAAAGGCGCACAAUAGUAUCUCGGGAUUAUGGUCUGACGGACAGUGGGUAGAGGAUCCAGAGAUGGUAAAGGAUGAGAUGGUGAAGCACUUCCGCAAUAUGUUUCAAGAGGAUGAUUGGAACCGACCCAUUCCUUCAAACUUGGAGUUCCGGAGAAUUUCGAAAGAUCAGAAGGAUUGGCUUGAAAGGCCUUUCACGGAGGAGGAGAUUGAUGAAGGCUUGAAGAGUUGUGAAGGAAAUAAAGCUCCGGGACCUGAUGGGUAUAACUUUAAUCUCCUCAAAUUCAUCUGGAGUAGUGUUAGAGAAGACUUUAUUGCUUUUUUUCGAGAGUUUCAUCAAAACAGCAGGUUAGUGAGGGGUUUGAAUUCGUCCUUUCUUACUUUAAUCCCGAAGAAACUGAGCCCUAGGGAGUUAAAAGACUUUAGGCCUAUUAGUUUAAUUGGCUGUAUGUAUAAGUUGCUAGCAAAGGUGUUAGCUAAUAGGCUUAAGGAGGUGAUGCCGGUGAUUAUUAGCGAAACGCAAUCGGCUUUUGUAGGGGGAAGACAAUUGGUUGAUAGUGUUUUGGUUCUAAACGAAGUUGUGGACGAGGUUCGCAAGAGGAAGCAACCAGCUUUUGUCUUCAAGGCUGAUUUUCAAAAAGCUUACGAUUGUGUUAACUGGUCGUUUUUGGACUGGAUGUCGGGAGCGUUUGGUUUUGGAGAAAAAUGGAGAGGGUGGAUUAAGGAGUGUCUAUCCACUGCCUGGAUGUCGGUAUUGGUAAAUGGUAGUCCGACCAAGGAGUUUGAAAUGGGGAAAGGGCUCAGGCAAGGAGACCCUUUGUCUCCUUUUUUAUUUUUGAUGGUUGGAGAGGCAUUGCAUGGACUGGUGAAAAAAGCAGAGAAUGAAGGUAUGCUACAAGGGGCAAAGGUGGGUAGGAGGGGGUUGGCGGUCUCAUUGCUACAGUUUGCAGACGACACAGUUAUUUUGGGUGAGGCAAGCAAAGAAAAUAUCCUCACGGUAAAGGCUAUUCUAAGGUGGUUUGAGUUGAUGUCGGGAUUGCGGAUUAAUUUCAGCAAGAGCUGUGUGUAUGGUUUUAACACGCUGGACAGUUGGGUGAGAGGGGCGGCAGGAGUGUUGCAUUGUAGUGUGGGGAAGACACCUUUUGUUUACUUGGGAAUGCCUGUCGGAGGGGAGAAAAGAAAGAUUUCGUGGGUAAAGUGGGAAGCUAUUUGUUGGAGUAAGGAGCAAGGAGGUUUAGGGGUUCCGGAUCUGCGUCGGAGAAAUUGGGCGCUAUUAGGGAAAUGGUGGUAUAGAUUAGGGGAUGGAAGGGAGGGGUUGUGGAAAAGGGUAGUAAAAGAAAAAUUCUAUGAGGGCAAGCAAGAGGUGGGUAUUAUUGAUGUGGCGAAUUUGAGGGUGUCGCAGAUUUGGGGAGACAUUAUUAGAAUAGCUAUCAACAAGGAGGGUUCGGUAAAGGAAAAUGGUACAUGGGUUGGGGAAAGGUGGAAAUGGGGAAUAGAGUGGAGGAGAGAGAGGAUGGGUCGCGAAAAAGAUGAGGAGAACGGGUUGGGGGUGAUGUUGGCGAGCAUAAGGUUAAGGAAGGUAGUGGAAGAUGCAUGGCAGUGGAGGUACGAGGUAGAAGGGAGGUAUGUAGUCAAGACAGCAUAUGAAUAUUUAGCUCCUGAGGACCGCUUGCUGGAGAAACACUUAUGCAAAGUUAUAUGGUGUAAGAUGGUGCCUUCUAAAGUGGGGAUUUUUGGGUGGAGGUUGUGUCUAGAUAGACUUCCCACAAGAUGGAAUUUGCGAAAGAGAGGGGUGGUUUUACAAGAGGAUGGUAUAGUGUGUGGGCUUUGCAAAGAGGGUGUGGAGGAUGUUAAUCAUUUGUUUUGCACGUGUAAAGAAGCUUGGUUAGUAUGGGUGAUGGUGAUUAAGUGGUGGGGUGUGGAAGUGGUAAUGCCGGAUACAGUCAGGGGUGUGGUGGAUUUAUUCCUGUGGAGCAAUGGGGAGCUAAAAGAGCAACUGCUGGAGUUAAUUAAAGUUAAGUCUUAUUUCUGGAUUAGGAAUAAGGUCCAUGGGUGUGUUUUCCCAUUAGCUCAGUGGCAAAGUAAUCCUAGGGAAUGUGCAAAGGAGCUGAAGAGUUACAAGAGGUUUCUCAAAUUGUUCACUAAGCAACAGCAACAUCUUUUUCCCAAUUAAGUGCAUUGGCUGUAUGGGCAACUUCACGGAAAGAUGGUCACGGGAGUGAUGAACUAGCAGUUUGGUUUCUAGAGGUGGUUUUCGGGGUUGCCAGCAUGUUUUCUGUGGGAGUUCCUUUUUUGCUUUUGUUGGGAGUAUAAGUUUUUUCAUUAUUCUGUAGAAGGGCAGGAGCACCCCUUGUGCUCCAUUUAAUAAAAAUUUUGUUUUGCU